AUGCUGACGCCAGUCAAGAUGCGAAGUUCUCAGGGGUGUUGGACAUGUCGCCUCCGUCACAAAAAAUGUGACAAACGGCGCGGAGUGGGCGGAUGUGGGGUAUGCAAGGCGCUGGAAAUUACUUGUUAUUUUCGCAAUGAGAAGCCGGAUUGGAUGGAUGGUGGGCCGCGCGAGAAGCAGAUGGCGGACGAUCUGAAGACAAUGGUGAAAGCCAAGGCGAACCAGCGACGCGAGAGGAAAUGGGCUUUGAGCAUCGAUGGUCAUGACGCCCUCUUAUUGAACAGCAUGGCAGCUAGCAUGUCACUUGAUACCAGUACGGAUCGAAAUACGGGUGGCAGCAGCAGAGAUUCGUCCGACACGCCUGCCACCAGUGUGACGGACGGAUCCAACAGCCAGGAACAACAGCAGCAGCAGCAGCCGCCCUCUCAAACUGAACCCAUGAUGUUUGGCAUGACACCUUUCAGUCCCGCAACCACGGAGAUCCACCAAGUCACUAGAGAAGGGACUUUGUUGACGCCCUUCAGCACCAUGUCGUUCCCCGACGUAUCCGCUGAACGGGAGUUGAACUUUACCAUCAUGUACCUCGAUUAUGUCUUCCCACUUAUUUUCCCAUUCUACCGGCCGCCUCUCCUCGAAGGUGGCCGCGGCUGGGUCCUCGUCCUACUCAUGAAGAACAAGUCCCUCACGCAACCCGGCCAUGACGAGGUCGCCAUCCAGUCGCUGCAACACGACAUGCAUUACCAGAAUCAGCGCGGUAUUGCCAGCUCAUUUAGCGAUAGCCUGAAAUGCCUCGAGAGCAUUGUUCAAUCGCUCUCGUUCGAGGUGGCUAUCGCCAAUACGAAGAAUUGGCAGGUGCAUCUUGAUGUGGCUUUUGUACUAUUUGGGCAGAUCGUCCAGACGUACCAGACGGAUGCGGACAGACCAUGGUAUUUGCUUCUUCAGCGGAUGGGGUUGAAGCAGCUCACGCUGAUCCGCCUUCCCCGCGGUCGACACCCCUGGACUGCUGAUCAAGCCGCCCUACGCCUUUACACCGUUAACCUGCUGUGGAACGACAUCAUUGCCGCCACAGCGCUGGAGCGCGCUCCCAGGAUGCAACGGUACCACGCCGAGCUUCUUGAGGGACACGAACCGCCGCUAUGCUUCGAAGAGGUCUAUGGCUGCGAAGACUGGGCUAUGCUCCGCAUUGGCGAAAUUGCCGUGCUUGAUGCCUGGAAAAAGGAAAUGAUGUCCACGUCCUCGCUGUCUAUGCAGGAGCUCGUUCAAAGAGCCGCGGUUAUUGAGCGCAAUAUACGGGAUGGUAUCGAAUUGCUCGACGCAGUCCCGACGGGUCCAAUGCGUGACCCGUCUGCUCGCCCGCCCGACCUCCCCUUUGCCGGACUAGACGUCGAAAAUCUCACCGAAAUGGACAAGCUGCACACCACUCCAUCACUGGCGCUCUAUACGAGGAUAUGGGCACAAUCUGCGCUGACGUACCUGCUCGUUGUCGUAUCGGGCCACCAGCCUGCGAAUCCGGAUAUCCAGGCCUGUGUCGCUGCGACUAUGGAAUUAUUCCGGGCUUUGCCUGGCCCACUGUGUUUACGUACACUAGCUUGGCCUUUUGAUAUGACAGGGUGCCUGGCGAUGCCUGAACAAGAGCAGUUCUGCCGUGAUCUGCUGAAUAGUAUGGGCCCCAUGCAGAUAUUCGGCACGGUCAGGGAAGCGCUUAAUAUCAUCACUGCUGUGUGGGAACAUAGAGCCUGUAUUAACUACGAAACUUGGGAUGUGGCGGCUUCUUUGGGGAUCCUUGGGCACCGUGCCUUGCUCGUGAGAUCAGGGGUCGGAUAG